GCGCGCUCUUUCAAACCCGCCGUCUCGGCGUCGUGGAGCGCAGGUCACUUCCGGCGUGGCCAUGGCGGCUAACGCUACCACUAACCCGUCGCAGCUGCUUCCCCUAGAGCUUGUGGACAAAUGUAUAGGAUCAAGAAUUCACAUUGUGAUGAAGAGUGAUAAGGAAAUUGUUGGCACGCUUUUAGGAUUUGAUGACUUCGUCAAUAUGGUACUGGAAGAUGUCACUGAAUUUGAAAUUACACCGGAAGGAAGAAGAAUUACUAAAUUAGAUCAGAUUUUGCUAAACGGAAAUAACAUAACAAUGGAAUCUCCCCUGGUGGUGCUCAGGGGACCAUAUGGGAUGCUGGGAAUUGAACCUGGGUCAGCCGCAUGCAAGGCAAACGCCCUACCCGCUGUGCUGUCACUCUAGCCCCAGAAUCCAUUUUUGAGGGUAGGUAUUGCAGAACUUGACUUAAAUGUUUAUGACUCAGUGUAAGAACUAGUGUGAGCAGGGAUGUAAUGUAGCUCAGUGGUAGUGCACAUGCCCUGUCUUUGUGGAGCCCUGAGUUUCAUCCCUGGCACCAUGAAAAGAAGGAAAAAAGAUUGAAAAAGGGGAUUCUGUGCUGGUUAAGAUUCUAUAGCUAUGAGGAUGAUGUGUUAGGUUUAAAGAUCAGUUUGUGUUUAAGGCUCUCUAAUCUUCUAUUUUGUUAUGAAUCAUUGUUCAGACUAUAAAUGUUAGGAAUUGUAAACAGCAGUGACUUGAAGAAAAUAGGAAUGUGAGGGAGGAGCAAAAAGGUGAAAGACCUUAUGAGGAGCUCUUUCAGUGGGGCUAUUAGCAUGAAGGUUGCUGGCUGGGUCUUGCUAGUAUUGGUUGUAAUGAGU